AUAAAUAUGAGGCUGCUUGGUCAUAAUACCAAAUCCUUCAAGCACCAUGAACAAGUAGGACAAUAAGUACGGAAAUUCCCCAAAUAUUUCACGAUAGAAACCCCCGAACAAGACAAAAUUGUAGCAGAAGGCUUCAGAGUUUGGUGGCAGCCUCCAGAAGCAGGAGGAGCCCUCCCACCCUCGCCUGUAGCGUCACAUCCACCCCUUAUAAAAGAGCCCCUCUCUCCAGUCUACCACACCUGCUUCAAAACAUCUGCUUGAACUCCAUCUGUUUGCCUUCUUUUUUUUAAAAAAAAAAAAAAAAAAAGGUUAGUAGAUGAAUGAUUCAUUUGAAGCGGCUAUUUUUGUAAAAAAAAAAAAAAAAAAAGAGCUCGGAUGUGGAGGGAUGGGAACGCUUCCGCUUUUGAACGCAGUAGAAUCUCUUCCCCCCCCCCCCCUCUACAACUGACACGGAAGAACUUGAACCAAAUGAAGAGCGCUUCCACUGAUGCUAAGUGCAGCUAAUAGACUUAAAUCUGAUCAAAUUUGUCAAUGGACUGCCGGAACUUGACCGAUGAGACCGCGGCCGCCUGGACCCCGUACACCGCUCGGACCUCGGUGCCUCUGACCCUCCUGGUGGGUGUCCUCAUCCUGCUGACCGUCUUCGGCAACGUCAUGGUGGUCAUCGCCGUGACCGCCAGCCGCGCCCUCAGAGCCCCCCAGAACCUAUUCCUGCUGUCUCUGGCGUGUGCCGACAUCCUGGUGGCCACGUCGGUGAUGCCCUUCUCCCUGGCCAAUGAGCUGAUGGGUUACUGGUACUUUGGCAAGGUGUGGUGCGAAAUCUACCUGGCGUUGGAUGUGUUUUUCUGCACUUCGUCCAUCGUUCACCUGUGCGCCAUAAGCCUGGACCGGUACUGGUCCAUCACGCGGGCCAUUGAGUACAACCUGAGAAGGACGCCGCACCGGAUCAAAUCCACCAUCGUCGUCGUUUGGGUGCUGGCCGCCCUCAUCUCCUUCCCGCCGCUGAUCACGAUGAAGAAGGACGAGGGCGAGGAGCACCGACCCGAGUGUAAGAUAAAUGACAAGAAGUGGUACAUAAUCUUCUCCAGCACCGCCUCUUUCUUCGCACCCUGCGCCAUCAUGGUCCUGGUCUACGUGAGGAUCUACCAGGUGGCCAAGCAGAGGACGAGAGCCCUGCCGGGUGAAAGGUCGCGAGAAGACGGUCGCCCCUGCGGCGUAAAUUGCGGCUCGGAGCCCGAGGAGGGAGAGGUCAACGGGGAGGAAGCGGGCGAAUCGUCGUCGGACGGCCACGAAGUGACCCUGUGUUCCCUGAAAAAGAGCCGGGCCGCCCGGAUGGCCAAGCGGGGCCCCGAGAAGCCCGGGGAAGCCGCCCCGAAGUCCGACGCCAACUCCAGCCGCUGGAAAGGAAGACAGCGGCGAGAGAGACGCUUCACGUUCGUGCUGGCCGUGGUGGUGGGAGUGUUCGUCCUCUGCUGGCUCCCGUUUUUCUUCACGUACACGCUGACGGCCGUGUGCGCGUGCUGCGUGCCCGAGACCCUCUUCAAGAUGUUCUUUUGGUUGGGAUACUGCAACAGCUCCCUGAACCCGGUCAUAUAUACCAUAUUUAAUAAUGAUUUCAGGAGGUCCUUCAAAAAGAUCCUCUGCAGGAAAACCCAUGAAGAUUUAUAAGCGGCCACAACUCUAAGCUACUUUUAUCAUUUUUGUUUGAAUUUCAACUCGUCAGUAUUUAGUGAAUGUUUUAUCGUUCGCUGUAACUUGUUUUUAAAUUGUUUGUGAAAUGCUUGUCGCUUAUUUUAUAGGAGAAUCAAUCCAAACUAUUAAGUAAGAUAUAAUAUUAUAACCUCAGAAAGUGGUUAUCAUUAUAGGUAGGAUCAUUACAUAUUGUUAGCCCAAUAGCAUAAAUGUCCAAGUCAUUUUUGAACAUUUUCAGAAAACAAGAAAAAAAAAAACAUUCAACAAAGGAAAAUAUUACAGUGUCCGUGAUAAAUGAGAAUCUACAUGUGGUGUCCGCUUUGAUUUAAAUUUAAAUAUGGUUCCUCGACUUGACAUUUUCUGUCGCAGUUGGGAUUCUGAAUUAUGAAAGCAUAUUCCCCCCCCCCAUGACAGAGAACAAUAAUAAUCACUGAGAAUAACGUCGCAUAUUCAAUCAGUGGCGCUCAACCUACGGCCUUUUAUUUGAUUUAUUAUUCAUUAAAAUCCGUAAAAGGGGGAGAUUCUGCUCGCACUCACACCGAGGAUGAGAAGACACACUUGCAGGCAUACAAGGAGAGAUUUAGAGCAGAAGAGGCAUUUAGUCAAUAUUGCAUCUCGUGACCCCUGGUUUAGGGAAGGUGCCUUGCUCAAGAGCACCCCGGCAGUAUCCAGAAAGCAGACAAGCAUCUCUCCGCUGGACGGCAUUUUUACGUUUGUCCGCCGCGGGACUCAAAAGGUGGCCCAAUGGUGCCAAAGGCCAAAUUCUAACAGAUGAGCUCCUAGUAAAAUUUUGUAAAAUUUGUAAAAUCUGUAAAAUUUUCAUUUUUCAUUCAAGUUUUGGUAAUAAAUAAGACAUUGUUCUGUCAAGAGAGGU